CUCGGACGGAGUCAGGCCAGGCUUGGCAGGCUGACGAGUCCGAGUCGUGAGUGGCACCUGCCACCUGGAGGAUCAUUGAUGAACCACCUUCCGCAGUCGUGGCAGAGACCACUUUAAGUUUAACACGGUGAUGUGAGAGGAGCUAAGCAGGCGCUGCGAUUCGGCAGAAUUGUCCUAUGGCGAGAGCAUUUCACCUGGCAAAAUACUGCGAGGAUCGACGCGGGAGCGCCACGAAGGUGCAGAAAGCAGAGUCAAUGCGGGGACCUCAGGGGCAUUAAUGGUCAUUAGGACAGAAGCCAUGGCUGCUUCCCUCCUGAGAGCGUCCAAGCUCUUGGGCUUUGGACAAGCACUCAUUGAAAUGGACUGCAGCCUGGUUGCCACAAAGCAGAAUUUUCUGGCGAUCGGCCCACCAGAUGUCUUACACCAGCUGAAGGCCGGUUUUCAUCCAGGCCGUUUGCCACACGGGGCCCUCGUGAGGACGCGUCGAGCAUCUAAGCUAAGGUCCAGGAGUGUCCGGGCAGCAGGCUUCAAGUCGCUGUUCGGUCAGAAGAAUGCGGCGGAGAAAAAGAACAUGGUGGAGAAAAAGAACAUGGUGGAGAAAAGGAAUAUGCUGGAGAAAAGGAAACAAUUACCCAAGCGAGAGGAGCCAGAGGUUCCGAAGAAGACUUUCGAAACAUGGGUUCCAACCGUACAAACGUUCUUUCCCAGCGACGUCACUUUCCCUCCGGCAUACCGGCUUGGGGCAGCGCUUGCAUUGUCAAUCUCGGCGUACAUUUUUGCGAGCGUGACAACCGAAGUCAUCAGGAAAGUGGAGGCCGUUCCGUUCCUGCCCCAACUGGAGUCGCUCCUGGGGGUGCUUUUAAUCACCCAGUUCGUGUCAAAAUAUUUGGCAGCAGACUCCGGCAAAGCCCGCCUCGAGUCGCUGGUCGAGGGAAUCGUGGAGAAGGUCGGAGGGCAGGACCUGGAAGAAGGCGAAGAAGUGGGGCCGCGCAUGCUGGAGGUCCAACUGCGCUCGCUGCUAGACUCCCAGGUCCCUGUUAGCCAGAGCUCUCAAUCCGAGAACUCGAAGGCCACCCUACUGAAGCAGACGCUUGUCACCUCCCUCAUGAGCUUUAUUCUCGAGCGCGAGAGCAAGGCCCGGCGGAUCAAUGCGGUGCUAAGGAAGGAUGUGGAUGAGGAGCGAACUCGUGUUGCCAAGUUGAAACAGGCUGUGGCCCUGUAUGCUGAGAAGGAGGCCUCCUCGCUUGCUGAGCUGGCGCGCCUCACGAGCUCCACCCAAGCGCUGCGCGUCGAGCGGGACGCCGCCCUUGCCAGCAUUGCAUCGCUCAACGCCCGCCUGGAGAACACCACGGGACAGCUGGAGAGUGUGUCGGCAGACAGAAGCAACAUGGAGAAUCUCAACACAGAGCUCAAGUCACGUGUGGCUGCAAUCAUGGCGGAGAACAAGCGGCUCUCCGGCCACGUGUCAACCCUGGAGGAGGUGCAAGAGGAGGUUCUGAGCGAGCUGCGCCUGGUCAAGGACAUCGCGAACGUCACGCUGUCGGACAACCGGACGCUGCAGGAGCGUGUCCAAACGCUGGAGGGCGAGAAGGAGGAGGUGGUGUCCGCGCUCGAACUCGCGCGAAAGCGGCUUGACGAGGCGGAGCGAUACCUGGAGAGGGCUCAGGCCCAAGCCCAAUACGACCUCGAGCAGCUCCGGAACAGCGUCGACGAAGCGGCCGCAGCGGAGCUGGCCGCCGCCCGCGAGGAACUAGAGCGGACGUUUCGCAGCUCCCAGUCCGACGUCGCCGCCCUCGAGAAGAGCCUCGAUACGCUGACCUCCGAAAAGCACGCUCUCGAGGCGAAGCUGAAAAACGUGGAGCGAGUGCACGGAGCGGACGACCUGAGGGUCCAGAUCGAGGAUCUGGAAGACGCCUUAGAUGAGGCACGGGAGCAGCGCGCGGCCGCGAAGGAACGGGUUGCGGUGCUGGAAAACGCGCAAGAGGACGCGCGGAACGACAUCGAUCAGUUGGAAGCGGAGUUAGAGGAUGCGGUGCAGCAGUUGGCGGCGCAGGGGGUGCGGCACCGGGACGAGAUGGAGGCGCGCGUGGCGGGGUAUGAGAAAGAACUAGAGGCGAGAAAGGGCCAGAUUGAGGCGCUUGUGGGGGAGUUGGAGGAGGUGCAGCGGAAGAAGAGAGCGGCGGAGGAAGCUGUGGGUGUUGCCGAGGCGAAGUUGGUGAAGCUGGAAGAGAGCCGGCGGGUGGAGGUUGAGGGGUUGAGGGCUCAGAUCGCGUCGCUGCAGUUGGAAGAUGAGCGGGCAAGAGCAGCGGCUUUCGAGCUGGAAAAGCGGUGGGGGGAACUAGAGCGGCGGGGGAGAGACAGCGCGGAGAAGAGGGACGCGGACGUGGCGGCGCUGUCGCGGGAGCUCGAGCGCGCGCGGGAGAAGCGGCGUCUCGCGGAGCGCCAGCUGGCGGAAGCGCAGGCGGCGCUGGCCGCGAUGGACGGAAUCCGCAAGGAGGAGAUGAAAGCGUUGCGAGCGGAGGCGGAAGCGUGGCAAAAUGCGGAAAGCGCUGCACGACAGUUGGUCAAGAAGCUGGAAGCGCAACUGGAGGACGGGCCCAGUGUGAACGCGUCCCUGGCAGGCUACGAGCAGGAACUAGCAGCCAUGCAGGGGGAGAUUCACCUGCUCGAAGCGAAGCUGGUAAGCGAUGCGGCGGGGUAUCAGCGGGCGAUCGCGGACAAGGAGGGGCAGCUCUCGGAGCUCAGAAUGCAGUUGGAGGGUGCGCAAAGCGAGAGGGGCGAAGCGGUGCAGAGCCUGACGGAAGCGCGGAUGCGUCUGUCGGAGGUAGAGAAGCUCGCCGGGCUCUUGGUAACGAAGCUGGAGGCGCGGAUUGCCGGGCUGGUGGCCGCGGAAUCGAACUCGAAGACCGCGAUCGGCGAACUAGAGAAGCGGCUCGCGGAGGUGAAGUUGGGCGCGACAAUGGACCUGGCGGCCGCGUCGGCGGACUUCGAAGCGCGGCUGCGGGCCAAGGAAGAGCACAUCGAACUGAUGACCGGGCGUUUGGAGACGAUAAAGGCGGAGAAGGAGGACAUCUCGAAAAUGCUCGCGCUGGCCCACGAGGAGCUCGCGGGCGCGAAGAACGGCAGCCCCGAAGAGAUGCAGGCGCUUGAGACGGAGCUUGCCGCGGUCGCGGAGUCGGAGGCGAAGUCGCGGGGCCAAGUGGAAAGCUUAGAACGGCGCUUGACGUCGAUGCUGGAGGAGGUUUCGGAGGGGCGGAAAGCGGCGGAGUCAGCGACUGCCGCGCAGAACGAAGCGGUGAAGAGUUUGGAGGAAGAGCUGGUCGCGUUACGGGAGCAAAAGGUAGAAAUGGCGGAGAAAGUGGUGCAGACGAAAGCGGACCUGGCCGCGCAGGAGGCGGCGUUCGGGACGGAACUCGCGGCGCUGCGAAAGAGUCUGGAGACGCUAGAGCGGUCCGAGGCGGGUGCGCGCGACAGGGCUGCGGAAGUGGAAAGAACUUUGCAGGGUGUAGGGAAAGAAAAGAAGACGUUGGUCGCAGAAGCCGAGGCGGCGCGUGCGAAAGCAAAGAAGCUGAGGGAAGAGGUGGAUGCGUUGCGGGCGUCCAAGGAGGCGGAGCUUUCCGCGGCGAGAAAGGAGAUGGAUGCGACGCGCGGAAAGUUGGAAGCGGCUCUGGCGCAGCUAGCGGCAGCGCACGAGGGGAACAAAGCGCAGCAGGCGCAGGUUACGGCGCUCGAGGGGCGCGUCGCUGAGGUCAUGGUGACGUACGAAGAGGCUCAGGAGACGAUCGAAGAGCUCGGGGCAGCAUUGGAAACGGUAACGGGGGAACGGACUGACUUGAGAGAGAGUGCCGUAGAAAGGGAUCGGGGGGAGAGAGCGGAGAAGAGCGCGGUGGCGGGGAAACUGGACGAGUCGAGGCGACUGCGCGAGGGGCUCGCGCAGGAGAUGCUCGCUCUGCGGGCGAAGCUAGACGGGGCGGAGGCUUUGGCGACAACUAGAGUGGCGGAACUUCAGGCGGAGGUCGCCGCUCUGAGGCAGCAGGAGGACAGCGCUCAAGCGGAGGCGGAGCGGCUGCGCGCCCAGCUGACAGCUGUCACGGUGGGCGCCGAGGAGAAGCUGAAAGAAGUAACGGCGGAAUACGCUUCCGGUCUGCAAGUGAAGGAACGCGAGGUUUGCGACCUGUUGGACACGCUUCGGAUGCUCAAGGCGGAGAAGGACGGGACGUCCGAGGAGCUGAAAAGCGUCCGGAAACGGGUGGGAGAACUAGAGGCGGCGGCGAAAGGCGACGUGGCGGCGCUGCAGGCGCGGAUGAUCCAGCUGGAGGAGGAGCGGCAGGAGGGCGACGCGCAGCUCGCGAGCACGCGCGCGCGCCUCGGGGAGUUGGACGGCGCGCUCCCGCCGAAGAAGGAGCUGGCGGCUGCUGACGUGGCGCGGCUCGAUGGUCUCCUGUCUUCCCUGCGCGGCGAACAGCAGGAGGUGGCGUCGUUGCACGCCACGUUAGAGUCGAAGCUGGCGCGCCUAGCGGAGGAGCGCGAGCAGCAUCUGGCACUGGUGACGCGGCUCGAGGCGCAGCUCGCGGGCAACGAGAGCGACCAGAACACGAGCUUGGCGCUGAUUGCGGAGCUGCGGAGCGAGAUCCAGGCAGCUGAGAAGGGGCCAACAGAGGCGCAGAGAUCGGCGAACGGCCAAAUCGCAGACCUUCAGCAGCGGCUGACUGGUGCCAGCUCGACGCCCGAUACAACCGCACCGAAGCCGCGGGGUCGUCCUAGAAAGGCGGCCACACCAGCAAAGACACCGCUCGCCAAGAUCCCGCAGCCCAGCAAUGACAACGGCUCGGAUGGAGAUAUGCCACCCGAGCUGAAGUCAAGGCUAAUUGCGUAUACUCACGAGGUGCGUGAGCAAUUUGUGGACCUAACUAAAACCGCCAAGGAGCAGAGCGAGGCCGUCCAGAAACUCAUUGAGGCGCUGGUGACGCAAGGCGCCUCAGAGAGCUGGGCCCGAGCGUACGUCAUCCGGAGCAUGUCGUAUGAACGGUCCAAGUUGAGAAAGAAGCGGUGAUGGUUGACGUGUCAAUCUCUCUUUGACUUCACAAAGUGAACGGCUAGUGCCGACGAUUAUCGCUUUUGCGACUCGAUCGAGCCGCAUAAGUUAAUUCAAAGCAAGGAUAAGUAGUGUACACUGGGCUUCAAUAUAUAUAUCGUUACCAAUCCACCUUGGCGCUUUGCCUAUUGCUUUGUCGAGCUGAGCUUGUCUUAUUAUCGCAUAAGGAGCAAGUAGGUCAACCAGUCAAUAUUUGCUUGCUAAGAAAGCAGAGUUGUACUUACGUAGACACUCUGCUGACGAUUGAACAACCUCAAGGAUCUGCUGAAUCAAUGUCAACCUAAAAUCCGUCUUUGUCGAUUUUCCAUGUAUAUCAAAG